AUGACGUUCUACACGGUGGUGGGGAUGAAGAAAAGCAGUGGAGAGACCAAGUUCCACCUACCACCUCGCUCUGAUUCAAAAGCCCCACUCACACCAUCUCAGAUGAUGAUAGCUCGGUUGGGGGUACAAUACUCACGUCAGGCGUAUCUAGAGGGAGGGCUUGCACGCCUGAGGAAUACAAGGGUGGAAGAUCUCACGGAGGAGGAGCUCAAUUCGAUGGAAAAGAUCGCAGAUAAGCAUUUUGAACAUUUCAAUACGUAUCAUAACACAUUUCAAAAUGCUCCAACAGAGGAGUUCCUCGAUUCAGAUUAUUACAAGGAGAAUGUUCAUGGACUCACGAUGACUAUUCAUAGUGACAUCAUCACAAUCAUCGGAAGAUUGAGGGGCGAGAUCAAGAGAUCAAGGUCAUCAACAUCAAUGGACAACAAUCGAGGAAAUCUAUCGAGAAUCGCUCUACCAACAUUCGAUGGUCGGUAUGAGGCUUGGAAACCAUAUGAGGAUCUAUUUAACUCUAUGGUGAGACUGGUAAAAGGCAUUCCAAGUGUGGAAAAAAUGGUUCGACUCAAGGGAUCACUCAAAGGAGAGCCACUCAACAUGAUCUCUAAUCUCACAGUUACUGACGACAAUUUCGAGAUUGCUUGGAACAAAUUGGUAAAGCACUAUGACAACAGGAGGUUGAUUAUAGCAGCUCACAUCGACAAAAUCUUGGAAUUGAAACCUGUGGUUGACGACCCAGCCAAGGGGUUGAGCAAUCUCAGCAACAUCAUCACGCAAGCACUGGACGCGCUGAGGGCUCUUGACGCUUCAGUUGAUCAUUGGGACUUAAUCGUUGGAAGGGUAGCGAGACGCUGUAUCGACUUGGAUACCAAGAAAGCUUGGGAAGUUCAUCUCGGUGGAUCAAGGGAUCCUCCAACACUCAGAGAACUUCUCGACUUCAUCGAGGCAAGGGCUCGUGCACUGGAGAAUGUGGCACACGACAAACCAGCUCAAACUUCUAAGGAUUCUUCAUCAAAAUUCAAAGGAAAACAUCAGCAAGUCAAAGUUCAUCAUGCUUCUGGGGUUGGAGGCCAAGCAAAGGCUCCAGCUGAGGUAUCAAAAUCAGGAGUAAAGGAGUGUCGACUCUGUGGAGGUGAUCACUGGCUGAGGUUCAACUGUGAGAGCUUCAGGGCGAAGACUCCAGCUGAACGCAGAGAAAUCGUCACAGCAAAGAACCUUUGCUACAACUGUCUUGGACCUCAUCGAGCUCCAACAUGCACCAGCAAAGAAAGAUGCAAAGUUAAGGAUUGCAAUGGGAAUCAUCACACACUGAUCCAUGAGGGGUCACCAGAAUAUCGCAGGGAACUUCAACAACAGACUCAGCUGAGUCAAUCAUCAUCAGGAUUAUCAUUAACAAAUCCAAGGGAACUGGCAUCACCAUCAUCAUCAACUGGACCAGUUGAGCAAUCAGCCGACCCCAAGGUCAUUCAUCAAACAUCAACAUCAGAACAACGGGUAGUGCUAUUGGCAACAGCCAAGGCACUUGCAGCAUCAUCAUUCGGAACCUAUCAUCACGUCAGACUUUUGAUCGAUCAGGGAUCAGAGGUCAUCUUCAUCACGGAAAAACUGGUCAACAUCCGUCAACUUCGACGCAAGUCGACAAACAUCAAGGUCUUCGGAAUCGGCGGGCUAGAGUCAGGGUCAACACGUGGAGCAGUCAAAGUCAAUCUUCACUCUCGAUUUAAUCAUCAAAACCAAGUCGAGGUCACUGCUCACGUCCUGACGAAGCUUACAUCAACUCUACCAUCAAUCCAUUGUACUAAGGCGGAAUUAGAUCAUCUUCAAGGGCUUCAACUGGCAGAUAACAAUUUUCUCAAACCUGGGUCAAUUGAUAUCAUCAUCGGUGCAGAUCAUUACGGUCAGAUCAUUGGUAACAACAUCCCCAAAUCAUCUGAUAAUCAGACUGUUGCACAACAGACCAUAUUUGGGUGGAUAAUAUCAGGGACGGUCUGCUGUACAAGUUGUAAACCGCAGACAUCUCUAACUGCAGUACGAGAGUCGUCGAGUGAGCAGCUUCUAGACCUACUCAAACGGUUUUGGGUUCAAGAGGAACCUCCAUCACACGAGAACAUGGAAUUAGGCCCUGAAGAGUUGGAAUGUGAGGAACAUUUCCAACGCACACACACAAGAGAGAGCUCAGGACGCUACGUUGUACGUCUUCCACUCAAAACAACACCAUCAGCACUGGGUGAGUCAAGAAAACACGCUCUCCAGCUGUUGAAUCGAACAUCUACCAAAUUAUCAUCAAAUCCAUCAUAUGGGAAACUCUACAAGGAUUUCAUCAACGAGUACGAGGCUCUUGGUCACAUGAAAAGAGUCUUAGAAGCAUCAGAACCAUCACCGGUCUUCUAUCUCCCUCAUCACGGUGUUCUGAGGGAAGAUAGCAUCACGACCAAGCUCAGGGUGGUCUUCAACGGGUCGAGCAAGACAUCAUCAGGAGUUUCACUGAAUGAAAUCCUUCAUUCUGGUGGAAAGCUUCAGGUAGAAGGAUCAGACGUUCUCAUAUGGUUGAGAACACAUCGUUGGGUAGUCGGAAGAGAUAUCGUCAAGAUGUUUCGUCAAAUCAACGUGAAUGAAAAGGAUUGGGAUCUUCAGAGAAUCUUGUGGAAGGAUGAGGACAACAAUCUCAUCACCUAUCAACUUACAACGGUCACGUACGGUCAAACCUGUGCUCCAUGGUUGGCCCUACGAGUUCUUCAACAAUUGGUGGAAGAUGAAGGUCAUCGGUUUCCAAUGGCGGCGGUCUUCUUGACAAAAGGGAGAUACGUCGACGAUAUCUACGGAGGAGCAGAAUCAGAGGAUCAACUAAAGGAACUCAUCAAUCAACUGAUCGGACUUUGCACGGCGGGCGGCCUCCCCCUGCAAAAAUGGGAUUCAAACUGUCAGGAAAUUCUCCAGGAACUUCAUUUGACAUCAUCACCCCCCAGAACAGUGGAAUUUGAGAAUAGCACGGUCAAGGUGUUGGGACUGUGCUGGAAUCCAAUCUCAGAUGUCUUCACCUACAAGGCGAAAGAAAAAUCAAAGGCUACUAUCAACAAAAGGAAUGUUCUCUCAGAGAUCGCACAACUGUACGAUCCUCUGGGAAUCAUCGGACCAGUCAUCAUCAGAGCAAAAAUCUUUAUCCAGAAAUUAUGGCUAUUAAAAAUCGAUUGGGAUGACCCAUUGCCAAUGAGUCACAUCAAACGUUGGAACGAAUUCAGAGAAGAAUUCACUCAACUCGGACAGAUUCAGAUUCCAAGAUGGCUUCAAACCUCAUCAACAUCAUCAAGGAUUUACAUUCAUGGGUUUGCUGAUGCAUCAAAUCUGGCCAUGGGGGCUGCGGUGUAUAUCAGGGUAGAUAAUCACGGUUUGGAACCAUCAAUCAUCUUGAGGAUGCUGGGGAGAGAAGAUUUAUCACUCUUUCUCUGGUCGGAUUCAACAACAGCACUUACUUGGAUCAAUGGACACCCAUCAAGAUGGAAGGACUUCAUCCAAAAUCGAGUUAUUAAAAUUCAAAACUCCUUACCAUCAGCAACAUGGAAACACAUCAGUGGGAAAGACAAUCCAGCGGAUUGUGCAUCGAAAGGACUAUCUCCAAGUCAACUGUCACCACAGGAGGAGUGGGCAUCUUCAUCAACGGUAAUGGAAUCGACGACGGAAGCAGCAUUGGAGGAAAGACCAGUGCUGGCUCAUCCUGUAGCACACGUGGAACAACCUCAGGACUUGUUGGAGAGGUAUUCUACACUUGACAAGGUUCUGAGAGUAUCAGCAAGGGUCAUGAGAGCGAUCAAGCUCAUGAGACAGCAAGAGGUACCAGAUUCUCCAGUUUUACUACCUGAAGAGCUGGAUGAUGUCAGAAUCUAUUGGAUUAAACUCACUCAAAACGAACAUUUUGAGGCACUCAUCAAUCGACUCAAGAAUGGAUGA